AUGCCGUCCGAGGUACAAAUAACAAAAGCCUCCGAACUUGAGGCUCAAAGAAACGGGAAGAAUGCGGCAAUGAUCCGUCAAGGAGCCGUGGUAGGAAAAAGCGACAGAAUGUGUGCCACUGAGACCAUCAUCUACGCCGCGUCAGGCAAGGGCAUGGAGCUAAUUGGCCUACAAUUAAUGACAAGCUCUGGUGCCGACGAAGAACCCAAGAAACAUACACUCUCAGCGGGUGAUUUUGCCUUUGUCCCGCCAUGGACGGAGCAUCAAGAGAUCAAUGAGACAGACGAGGAUGUCGUCUGGAUUCUUAUUCGAAGUGGCCCAGAGCCUGUAGUAGUGUACCUGACAGGCUGGGGGGGUAGUGAAGCAAAGGCAGAUUCAAUUGAUUGA